CCGUGUAGUGGCAGGAAGUUGCCGUUUUAGUCUCAUCUCGUCGGUGGUUCCGUUCGGACGGUUUUUGCGCGCACGUCGUCGUCGGUCGGUUGUGAGUUACAACGAUUCUUGGACGGAUUGCUGGAUCGCUUCUUGUGGGAGUAGAAGGAGCUUACCGAGGGAGUGUCCGGUUCCGGGAAACGCUCGUGGAGUCCGUCGCGUAGCGAGCUUCUAAGAAGAACACAUGCCCUCAGGAUUAGCACAGCUGAUUGGUGGUUGACCUGGAGGUUUUGGGUUGAGAGGUGGGGGGGAUAACCUUCAAGUUCGGUGCAGAGGAGCAGCUCUUGUGACGCUUAUUAAAUGAAGAGGGUUAAUUGUGGAGUGACCCGCACUCGUAAUUGAAAGGGAUUCAGUUAGUGGGGUUCGUCCGUAAAGUACGACAAGCCGCAGCAUCUUUCGGCAACAUUAGCAUCGCUUGAGGAGAGUGCGGCGAAUAUUCAGUGAUGCGACAGAAUUAGCAUAGUAAGAGGUGUGUGUGUUUGCUACGGCAGUGCUGAAGCAAACGUGAGCAGCUGGUCAAGCGGCACCACCGGGGUGCAGUUCACUGUGUCUGGCGAGCGUCUACGGAGGAAGCAUUUCGUCAAGCAGUGCAACCCAGUGUGAUUAGCACGUCGGAUUUAGAUCGAGUCACGAAUUCUUCGUCACAGUCUACGGAGUGACAACAACGCGCGACAGUUUUCUAAGAAUAGCCCGGAAUCAAACCGGCAGUGUAUCACAUUGUAUCAAGUGUGUUUGUUGGCCGAGGGGGGGUUCAGCUGAAGAUCAGAUUCUACUAGCAGUGACGUGAUCGUCGAAAGAAUUCAGCGCAGUUCGGAAAGCGUAAAAGUAUUGUUGCUGUCGUGAAAUUCUCUGAGUGUGUUUUCGCCAAGUGUUUAUCGUGUGACGGCAGGUCAUUGACAGAGGUUAUUACUAUAUCGCGCGAGUUCCCGAGUUCUACGUAAACUCAGCUGUCACAACUGCUACUGUAAGCUGAUUGAACCCACCGCUAGCGUUCAAAAAUCGCCAACUCAUCAUUACCAAGCCCCGAAGCGGGGAAAAAUGUGCUGAAAAUCAAAGACCAAAUCGCACAUCAUCAAGCUCCUCGACCAACAACAAAAAAAGGACAUCAAUACAUCGGAGAGAUCACCGUAAAACCACCACACGAGAGCGUAGAGGGGGGAAAAAAAGCGAACCGGGUCAUCCUUUCGUUUUGACCCCUUUUUGGGGUCUCCCGGAGAAUUCGCCAUCCCAAAAACCAAAUCAAUACUAAUCGACCAACCUUAAACUUUCCCACCCACGGAAGGAAGGCGGGGUCGGAAAAAAGGAAUUGAAAAGGCCCCGUUGGCCACAAAUCCCCGGGUUUUGCGGUGAGUCCUGUGGGGUCGUUCAUCAACGCCAGAUUUUCCGGGGCAGAACCGUAACAGCCUAAGGCUUGAAGAAAAAAGAAGAGUUGAAGAAGUGGUCCCCGGAGGGGCGGGGUGGCAACACGUGUGUACAACAGGAAACGCACACGUGGUUCCGAGGAGGAGGAAAAAAAGGUGCUUAAACUUGAAGAGCUUCCGCGACUAGAGAGAGAGAGAGUGAUUAAGGGUGAAGAGUUCAACCCACUUGGGGAGGGGGGUUGAAAUAAGAGUAAUGGUGCGUUAAGGAGGUGUUUUGUCUGAGUAAAAGGAUGAAUCGCAAUUAAAUACAGUUCAGUGGAAGUGAAGAAUUGAAAGCGGAGCUUUGUUUGAGGACAUUUCGAGGAUUCAACAGGCUUUAACAUUGUGGUGGGUUCAACAAAUCGGCAAUACUUCAACUUGUUAAGAAUUGAUUGUCAGUAGAUCAAUCUCCAAAAGAACUCCUGGAACUUCCAACGUGUUGUUAAAUCAUCCGAAUAAAUUACAGAAUCGCGUCCUUUCUCAACAAUCUCUCCCCACUACUUGCCACUCGCUCCCACCGCCAACGAUGAAUGUGUGGCCACGGUUCUGACAGCUCGCCGCCACCGCCCUCGCAGGACCUGGGAGCAUGUGCGGUCCGGAACUGCUGCUGCGGUUGUUUGUGCUGAUGCUGGGUCUGUUCGGACGGCUGGCCAGUUCCAAUGACUCUCCGGCGGACUCGCAGCCCUCGCUUUCGGCGUCAUCCCAUCUGUGCGGUGGCACGUUGACUGCGACCCACGGAACCAUUCAGACGCCGAACUUUCCCGAGCGCUUUCCCGUUCCGAUCAGCUGCGUGUGGAUCAUCGAUGCGUCCGGCGUGGUCGGGCCGAACAUCUCGAUCGUGGUGUAUUUGACGCAGCAGUAUGUGUUGAGUGGGCUGAGGUUUACCGAGUACAUGUACUACAGCGAGGACUUUAAGGUCCCGUCGGAGAAUGUGUUUGAGCUGAGCGAGUAUGACGUGACGAACGUGCCGUGGAUCAAGUUUAACAGUCCGUACUUGGAGAUUCGGUUUACUAUGGAGGCUUUGUAUGGGACGCAUCUGCGGGCGCUGGAUCAUCUGCUGGACGUGUACGGGUUUAACAUCACGUACGAAGUGGACAAGGUCAAGCCGUACCAGUGUAACGCGUUGCAGUGCCGCUUCCUGGGUCAUUGCUACGCCAAACAGGACUAUUCGGCCUACUACUGCGAUUGCUAUGCCGGGUUCAGUGGACUCGACUGUGGCAACGGGCCACUCUGCAAGGAUUCACACAUCUGCGAAAACGGUGGCACGUGCAAGCACAUCGGGGACAACGCCGUCACCUGUAUCUGCCCGGCCGGCUUCCGGGGCAAUAAAUGCGAGAUCAGCGAGUACGACGAAAUCACAGGAUGCAACCUGGACAACGGUGAGGACUGCUUCCGGCAGUGCAUCUACACCGAGGACGGGGGCCGGGACGCUGCCUGCAAGUGUGAUCAAAGCAUAUCGUCUUCCUCACGUGGCCGGGCAAAGUACGUGGUGACGGCGCGCCUCGCAAACUCGUCGUACUUCGAAACCAACGAAAACGGUGAACGGCAGCUCACGGAAAACACCAUCACGCUGCUGGAAAAACAUAUAAAUCGCUCCCUGCGGAACGCCAACAUUUCCAAAAUAAACGACCUCGAAGUGUUUUCCGGCAAGGCCAACAACGAGGUAACGUUUCAGUUUUUCGGCGCAAAAAUUGAUUCCGGCCGCAUCCGGGAAACGAUGGAACGGCUGGUGGAGCAGCAGCAGCAGCGAGGAAGUGGCGGCCGGGGCAGUGCCAGCGGAAACGUAAGCUUUGCCCCGCUCAAGCCCAACUUCCGCCAGGACGCAGGGUUGAUGCUGCAGUCCGUGGUCGUCAAUCAGAAGGGCCCGGUCCGGGAGAACACCGAGUUCAUCCUGUCGUGCGUGGCCCAGGGCUCGUCAACGAUGACAUUUCGCUGGUACAAGAACGGCUUCUUCGUGAACGUGACAAAGGCAACGCGGAACAUGUGGACCCGGCUGUUGCCGCUGGACUCCAAGGAUCACUACACGGCCCUGCUGGGCAUCACCAAGGCGAGCCGGCUUGACGAGGGCAUCUACACCUGCCAGGUAAACGACAUGGGAAUGCAGCAGUGCCGUUCGACCAAGGUGCAGAUCCUGGGCGCGCCCCAACUCCGCGUUGACCCCCCGAGUGUGACGCUUUUUCGGGGCGAUUCCCUGCUGCUGCGGUGCCUCUCGCAAGACUCCGACCAACAGUACGGCACGCUCGGUUACAGCUGGACAAAGAACGGUGCCCUCUUUCAGUCGGAUCCCGCCGUCGAGAUUUGGGAGGACCUCUACCCGGACGGGAGCAUCCUGAAGGUGAAAAACGUCCAGAAAAGUGUCGUAUACACGUGCAUCGUGUCCAACUCGGUGGCGCCCAUCUCCAAGAGUGUUCACGUGACGGUGGUGGAGUCUGGGUCGGUAACGCUCUGUCCGAAGAAUGCCGAUUACGGCGUAAGCUGGCCACCGAGUGCGUCAGGGCCGGCCGUUCUGGCAGAUUGUCCCAAGCGUGGGGAUGGUCAGGCUAAGCGGAUCUGCGAGCAGCGGGACAUUGGCCGGCCGGAGUGGCUCAUGCCGGAUUUUUCUGAGUGCGUUCCGGACGGUGUUAUCGAGAUUGAGAAUGAGUUCCGCGGGCUCACCUUUGGCUACCAGAAAACCAACGGCACGAGUGUGCUGCAGUCGUGCCUGGAAUACGCGAUCAAGCACUACCGGAGCUUCCUGCCGGGGGAGGGAGGAGUGCUGCUGGCGCUGCUUCAGCAGAUAUUCCGCUACAUCGAAAACACCGGCAGCCAGCACGAGCAGGAAGUGGCCUCGGACAUCAUUCUGCGCGUCGUGGACGUCAUUAUGCAGAAUAAAUUAUCGUUGAAUAAUCAACAGCAAAUCAAGCAGCUGCAGGACCUGGUCCAGUCGGCAGCCCUGAACCGCGAAACGACGAUAGCGGCCCCGAUUUCGUCCUCAUCCUCGCUGUCCUCGUCGUCCUCGGCCGCGUCCAAGGCAUCGCUGGCCGCGGCCACCACCGUUACGCACCAGCUGAACUCGUUCUACCUGUACACCGAGUCCGUCAAGGGGCUGCCCUUCAACCUGCAGAUCUACGGCGAUCAACUGUACUCGGACCAGCUGUACAUGGAAAUGGACGUAACGAGCUCCCUCGUGGACAUCGUUUCGAACGGAACCGUGCUCGUUACUGUCAUCUCGUACAAAAAUCUGACCACCUUCCUGCCCCGGUUCUACUUUGCCAAAAACAGUUUUGGCACCGAUAUCGAUUACAUCCCGGCCUCGAAAAUCAUCUCCACCUGGCUGUACUACGCGAACCGGACCGGGUACGAGCCCACCAACCGGCCGCUGCACGUACCACUCGAGGCCGCCCACGUGGAGAUCAUCUUCCAGCACGAGAGCUCGCCGACGAGCGAGUGGGUGCCACUGUGCGGGUACGACGCCAAAGCAACGUUCGAGCCGACCUGGCGAACCGACCUGUGCAUCACCGAGAAUCUGAUGGAGAACAUCACCCGAUGCAUUUGUCCACUAUCGGGCACGUUUGUGGUGCUGCUGGCCAAGAAAAACUACAACGCCUCGGUGCCCAAAACGACGGUCCGCCCCAUCCUGGUGGUGAUCAGCUGCGGAUGUUGCUUCCUGCAGUCGUGCGUCGCGUUCGCCAUCAUGCUGCCGGUGCUGUACCAGCGACGUUGCUGUGUCACCUUCCUCAAGAUGCAGCUCUGUGCGGCCACCUCGCUGGCGAUGGCCAUCUUCAUCCUCGGACUGCUGCAGCUGUUCCCGGUGGAAUGGUUCAGCGUGGUGAUUGCCCUGCUGACGGCGUUCCUCCUGCUCGGGUCGUCAACCCUGGUGGCCAUCACGGUCCUCGUCACAACCGAGCUGGGACCACGCAAGUUGACCGCCGCCACCAGCACGCUUGCCACCGGCAUAUCCGGCAGCAUCGGUCUCAGCUGGUUCCUGCCGAUACUCUGCGCUACCUCUACGCCCCUGGUCUACAGCGUCCUGUUCGAGUCCCCCGAGCACUGGUGGCACACAACGGACUCGUUCGGUUUCGUCCUCUUCAUCGUGAUCGAAUCGCUGUUUGUGAUACUGUUCCUGCUGCUGUUCCUUACGUUGAUGAAGAAGCUGCUCUACUUGGCCAAGAAGCACGACAAACACAACACCUCCAUCCUGAGGCGGAUAGGGCUGCUGUACCGGACGGCCAUGCUGUUCGUGUCCAACGUGCUGUGCCAUACGUUCUACUUGGUGUACUUGAACACCGAGGACCUGCUCGCCGGGUACGUCUUCAGCGCUGCCAGUAUUAUUAUGGGCUUCUGCAUCCUGUUCAGCUUCGUGAUAAAGGCUGAGGUGAAGCACGAGUCGGAGUCAACCAGUAGCAAAUCUAGUACCAAAAAUAGUUUAGAAGAUAACUGUUGUUCGGGAUCAAUAAAUAGUCCGUUAAGUUUUUAUACAACCCAAGAUCUAGAUAAGGAUAAUGAAUGUCUGCCCUCGGCCGGUGGUGGCGCUGGGAAAACAACGAAAAUUCCGCUGACAAUACUGCCCUCACCCCAGCAGCAGCAGCAGCAGCAACAACAGCUGACCUCGCACAUCACCACAAUCGAACCGUGUCUGCACAGCAUGGAGACCUACAUGGGCGGAGGUGGCAGCGUCGGCGGUGGAAUAUGCAACAUUGUGUCCCACGAGGGUCCUCCGGCGGUGGUCAAUGCCUCGGGGCCGGGACUGUGCAACUUCAACGCGAAAACACGCUGCUAUGAGCUCCAACAGCAAGGACAUCCGUCAGUGCCAGUGUCCUCGUCCUCGGUGGAGAAUCCUAGUAUUAUAUCAACGACAGCAGUGCCUCCUUCAUCCGGCGCCUCGGCGGCUGGGUUGGGCCCAGGUGGUCAAUACGAUUGGGCCCAGCAGCAGCAGCAGAUUCAGCAGAUGAGUUGUACCUCCGGUGGACUACGGGACGCCUACGGCGGCCAUCAGAUGUACCUGGUCCAGCAGCAGCAGCUUCAACCGCUGUUGCAGCCCGAAACGAACGAGUUUGUCGGUGUCAGCGGGCUGGACAUCCUGAAAGGUGUCGGGCAAGACAGCAUCAUCGGCAUCCGCAGCCAGGCGCUGGAAAUAAGCGACCCCUCCGGUUUGGGUCCCAAAAAGAUGGUCACCGUGCUAGAUCCCGCUUCGGGUGUCCAGCUCGCCAUUCCCUCACCCCCUUCGUCCCUGUGCACGGCCACCGCCGUUCCGACAGUCGGCAUUCUGGUGGUGACGAAUGACCAAGUGCAGCAGCAGCAGCCCCCUCCAGCGCCAGUGAUAACGAUAACGGAGACGGGCGAGCCCAUCGAAGGAAUGCUGGACCGGAUCUCGCACGAUCUGGACUACCUGCUGAACCGUACCGCGGAGGUGCCUACCGUAGUCCCCAUCCAGCUGAGGCCACCCGGCGGGGGUCCUAGUAGUAGCAGUAGUGGUAGUAAUUGUAACGGUGCAGGACCAUCAACGACAAAUGACGGAAGUGGCGUGGGGAUGUGUCCGUCGUCGUCGUCGUCGCAAAAGUCACCCCUGCUGUCGUCGUCGUCCUGCCACAGCAGCAGUGUUCACGAAGUAAUUAUCGAAGAGUCUGAAGAAGUAGAUAGCUAAACUGGGUUCCCCACGUGGGAGGGGUCGAUCGGUAGAGCAGAGACACUGCCUUUCUGAUAAGUCUCGCAACUAACUCACUCUCUCUACCUAUCUAGAGAAGUAGUUACUCGAAAAGUGUAGGCAAAUUGUGGUUGUGUUGGUGUGCAAGUAUAUACGCUGGUGUGAAUGUUUGGAAAA